ACUUUAUCAGAUUUCAUAUAUUGAAAUAAUUCUCUCUCCUUUCUUUAGACAUGAAAAUUUUCUUCCUUGUUUGUUGAGAUUCUGUUUCUUUCCCUCUAUUUCCUUCUCAAACUUAAGUUUCUUUCUUGGGUUGAACUAAUUAUAGCAUGGGUGUGGCCAUAUCUUGGCUAAUAAAGAGGCUUACUAUAAAGCGCGAAUUAAAAAUUUUGAUGGCGGGUCUUGAUGGUUCGGGGAAGACAACCAUACUAUACAAGCUAAAGCUGGGAGAGGUUAUUGCCACAGUUCCCACAAUUGGUUUUAAUGCGGAAACAGUGCUGUACAAAAAUGUCAGCUUCACCGUAUGGGAUGUAGGAGGACAAGGUAAGAUUCGGCCUCUAUGGAGACAUUACUUUCUCAAUACCCAGACUCUUAUCUUCGUGCUGGACAGCAGUGAUAGAGGAAGAAUCUCGGAGGCCAGAAAUGAGCUACAUCAGAUGCUGAGUGAGAAUGAGCUACAGAAUGCAAUACUAUUAGUUUUCGCCAAUAAGCAAGACCAUCCAAAUGCUAUGUGUGUUUCUGAGGUUGCUGAUAAAAUUGGCCUAUACUCAGUUAGUCAGCACUGGUACAUCCAGGGAACUUCUGCAACCUCUGGCAGAGGACUCUAUCAAGGGCUUGAUUGGCUUUUGAACAAUAUUCCUAACAGGGCAACAUAACCUGGGCCCUUUUCUUGGUCUUUUGAAGCUAGGUAUUUUUUGAGGAAGUGUAAAUAUGAUUAGUUGAGAAUGAUUUUGUUCUAAACCACAAAAUUAGGUUAAAAAGCAUUGAGAAGUGUAUUAGCCAUCAAAUGACAUGGAAAUUGUAGGAGUUGACACGUGAAAUGAAGGGGAAAAGAAGGGAAUUCGAGUGAUGGCUACCAUUCAAAUUCCUGAAAAUAAGCAGAAAAAGUCUAUUUUGUCGAAAACAGUUUGAAGCGAUACAAGCGUGUGGCGAAGUUAAAGGCAGAUGCAUCGAAGGCCUUAACAAGUUGAUUCGAAGAGCUAACCAACAUAGGUAAGGACAGGAAAUGUCAAAGAGAGGAUCUAGACUUUGAAUAAGGAAUUCCAGUUUUAGUCUUGAGUUAGUUAUUGGGGGGCUUCUAGUUUCUUUGAAUUUUAUCCAUACAGUAAUUUAUCCUUGUUGAACUUUAAUGCGAGUUUAUACUUAUGUUUAGGUUUAUAAA